UUCAAUUCGUGACAGCGCAUGUCAAACAAACCUUGUUUUGUUCGAUUGAAUUUUGAACUUAAGAAGAUUAAAGAUAAAACGUGUAAAUAAUUAAUCCUAAGUACGAUGACCGAACGAGUGUGCUGUAUUCGAAAUUGUUUCAAUCCUCAAGAUAAAAAAAAUCGAAGAACAGUAUUCAAAUUUUGUGAGAAAUCUCCAUACUUUAAAACUUGGAUAAAUGCAAUUGGACCAAACUUGAGAGUUGGAAAGAAAACUCGCAAAAAUUAUUACAUUUGCGAACAACAUUUUGGCAGUAAUUUACAUCGAAGUCCUAUCAACAUAUUAAAGGAUGGAAAGGAGUUGACCCUGUUACGUAGGCGUCCAACAUUAAAAUCAACAAGUGUCCCAUACAUUUUUCCAGGAUGCUCCUCGAUUAUAGAUUCAAAUAAUCUUGAAAGUUCCUCGGUUAUAGAUUCAAAUAAUCUUGAAAGCAAAUUGUGUAUAGAUUCAAAUGAUCUUAAAAGCUCCUCAAUUUCUCGUUUUUCUGACAAUCAGUCACUACCUUUACUUUGCGACAAAUCUUCAUCACUGCUGCAUACACCAAUGGAAUGCACUUCAGAAAAUGUUUUUAAUACAACGGUGUUACUAAAGGAGUGGAAUGCGAGACCUUCUUAUCAGUCCAUGGGGUCAUGGGGUGUGAUGGAAACAAAGUGUGGAUUACUUUUCAUACUUUUUGAAAGCACUUCGGAACAUUGUAGCAGUACAAUACAGCGUUCUUUACUUGUAAAGAGUGACAUGACCAUCGAGUUACGUGCUCAUAAUCAUCCUGUCACUUAUCAUCUUUUGGAAAAGGUAACGUGCCUACAAGAUAUUUAUUUUUCAUUGCGAAAAAUAAGUGCAAUGAAAAUGUGCCAAGAAGAGUCCUGCACCAUUGGGUACUUUGAGCAGAAACCACAUUCACGAUCCAAUCUUUGUAAAGAUUGCCAAUUAAAGAACAAAAGAAAAAAAGAAAGAGAAAACAAACGUGAAAGGAGAGCAGCCGCCAGAAAAGCGAAGGAGGCACUUUGCAAGAAAAAUGUAAAACAAAAGUAUAAACGGAUAUACAACCAGCUGGAGAGGUACAAAGUAGAAUUAGAGAAUUUAAAAGUACAAUGUGCUUCACAAAAAGAGGAAAUUCUUGACGAAGCAAUAGCAAGCUUUCCACCUGUCAUGAAGAAGUCGAUUAAAGCAUGUUGGAGAAAUUCUCGCUCCAAUGACAAGCAUGGAAUGCGUUAUACAAAAGACUGGAUACUGGAAAGCCUGCUACUAAGAAUAAAAAGCCGUAAGGCUUAUGUUCAUCUUCGUUCACUUAACAUACUAGCUUUACCUACUAUUGGAACGCUUAAUAAAUACAUAAAAAACUUCAGCCCUAGUGGCUUUGCACUUUUCGCAAUGUUAAAAGAAAAAAGUACUGCUAUGAAACCUGAGGAAAGAAGAGGAACGCUGGUACAUGAUGAGAUGAAGUUAAGCGAAAGUGUGGCAUUCAUGGAGCACGACCUAUAAUUAUUAUUAACACAC